GCCGGGGCGGAGACGGCGACCGGGCUCUUCGCUCGGCGGCGGCAGCUCCGGGACGCUGCGGUGGCUCCAACACCACUGGCAACAGCAACAGUAGCUCCGAGCGGCCAUGGACGGGCUGGCGGUGGAGGUGCGCGGCACCAACGGCGCCUUCUACAAGGGGUUUGUGAAAGACGUGAACGAAGAUUCCAUCUCCAUCACAUUUGAAAACAACUGGCAGCCCGAGCGACAGCUCCCCUUCGACGAUGUUCGCCUGCCGCCACCCGCCGACUUCAACAAGGAGAUCACUGAGGGAGACGAGGUGGAGGUGUAUUCGAGAGCUAAUGAACAUGAGCCCUGUGGAUGGUGGAUGGCGAAAGUGCGGAUGAUGAAGGGAGAUUUUUACGUCAUAGAAUAUGCUGCCUGCGAUGCCACGUACAAUGAGAUAGUCACCAUGGAGAGGCUUCGUCCUGUCAACCCUAACAAGACUGCCACUAAGAGCCUAUUCCAGAAACACACCAUCCCUGUGCCGGAAGACCUUAAAGAAGCCUGCGCAAAUGAGAAUGCCCACAAAGACUUCAAGAAAGCGGUUGGCGCGCACUCCAUUACGUUCAACGCCACCAGCAACGAGCUGGUCCUGCUGUCCAUAAAUGAGUCGACGGUAAAGCGUGCGGGCUUGCUGAGUGAGAUGCACUUCCGUAGCAUCCGGACCAAGCUGAUGCUCAUGUCCCGGAAUGAGGAGGCAACGAAACACCUCGAGACCACGAAGCAGCUGGCAGCCGCCUUCCAAGAGGAGUUCAGCGUGCGCGAGGACUUGAUGGGUCUCGCUAUCGGGACGCACGGCGUCAACAUACAGCAGGCCAGGAAAGUCCCCGGGGUGACGGCCAUCGAACUCGACGAAGACACUUGCACCUUCCGGAUCUACGGAGAGACACCAGCAGCUGUGAAACAGGCCAGAGGCUACCUAGAAUUCUCCGAAAACUCUGUCCAGGUUCCACGCAGCCUGGUGGGCAAAGUCAUUGGCAAGAACGGCAAAGUGAUUCAGGAGAUCGUGGACAAGUCCGGUGUGGUGAGGGUUCGAAUUGAAGGCGACAACGAUAAGAAGCUCCCCAGGGAGGAGGGAAUGGUUCCGUUUACUUUCGUUGGCACCAAGGAGAAUCUGGUCAAUGCCCAAGUGCUGCUGGAAUAUCACCUCUCCUACCUAACGGAGGUGGAGCAGCUGCGUCUGGAGCGGCUGCAGAUCGACGAGCAGCUGCGGCAGAUCGGCGUGGGUUACCGCCCGUUGUCGGGCCGCGGGGACAAGGAGCGCGGCUACACCACGGACGACAGCACGGCCUCCUCCAUGCACAGCGCCCGCUCCUACAGCGGCCGGGGGCGUGGCCGGCGAGCCGACAACAACUCUGACUUCUCCAACGCGUCCGAGACGGAGUCUGAGCGCAGGGACGAGCCGAGCGACUGGUCGCUGAACCAGGGGGAGGAGGAGAGGGAUCGCCGGCAGAUGCCCGACACCAACCGCAGGCGACCGACCGGUGGCCGCGGGCGAGGUGCCCCCAGCACACGGGGACGAGGCGGGGGCCGAGGGGGCACCUCCUCCAUCAGCGCAGUGCUGAAAGACCCCGACAGCAACCCCUACAGCCUGCUGGAGACGGACGAGACUGACCAGACGGGAGACACAGACGCUAGCGAGUCGCACACCAACACCAGCCGGCGGCGGCGCUCCCGCAGACGGCGCACCGACGAGGACGCCACCAUGAUGGACGGCGUGGUGGAGUCGGACAGUGCCUCCAUCAACGAGAACGGUGUGGACGAGGCCGAGGGGAGACCCCCCCGUCGCAACAGGAGCCGCAGGCGUCGAAAUCGUGGCAGCAGACUGGAUAGUUCACUGAGCAGAGACAGGCAACCAGUUACAGUGGCCGACUUCAUUUCCCGCGCCGAAUCGCAAAGCCGACAGCGCGUCACGCAGACAGAGCAACCGGAAGACGCCCCCAAACCAGAGCCUUCUCCCGAGAAGAAGCGGCAGGAGCAAGCGGAGCCUGUCCAGGAGGCCGACGAGACAUUAGCCAAUGGCCCUGCCGCCCCCCGGGAAGACGAGCAGGAGGCCAGCACUACCGCCAAGCAAGCUGUGGUCAACGGCGUUUCCUAAAACGCCCCUGUCGCCCUACCCGCGAACCUCAGCCCUGCUUGCAUCAUGUUUAUUCGAUAGUGCUUGUCAAAGCUUGCCAAAGAUAGAGAUUGAAUACUACUCAACUACCCGACUCGACACAGCACUCGCCCUUCCCCUCCCCCCCCCCCCCUCCACACCGGGUGGAGUCUCAAGGGGGGGUGGGGGGGGCGUUCUGACGUAUAUGUGUAUCUGUUUUUUUUUUUUGAGAUUUAAUUAAAAAGUUCGAGGAAAUGUAAAAAAAUUUAACAAAAAAAAAAAACACACGC